AGGCGGAGAUGAUCAGUUUCUCCCCUGAUAUUUACUACUUUUGUUUAAAUCUUCGAUUACCACAAUGAAUAUCAAGAUAUUCUUGAUAUUUGUGGUAAUGAUGUGCGCCAUGCACCAAGGGCCUGCUGUAUAUCGGGACCUUACGUGCGUGGAGCCCGAGCCAGGAUAUGCCAAAAGAUUGUUUUAUUAUUUCAACGCUGGAGAAAUUGAGAAAGUCUGUCCAAAGGCUGCCGAUCUGACAUUGCGAAUUGGGAAUGAGAUAGUCUGUAAUCUGCUGUGUGUGCUUCUAACUCUGCUGUUGGGCUAUGCGCCGUCGAUCGGAAAAGUCGUCAAAGAGAAAUGGUCAGCCGCCGUGUCAAUGUUCCAAGAAUGGAGAGCUC